AGCUGCGAGCGGCGCAGCGUCGCACGUACAGCCAGCGCAGGCGAUUAUAGAUUGCUGCGAGGCAUGCGCUGAUAGCGCAUCGCUGCCGCGAAACCGAAUUGCAUCGCUUCGGUGCCAUCGACCGCGUCUGGCUCUCUCAGACUGUGCACAGCAAAGACUGCAACAGGGGUGCGCGGCCGCAGCGAUCGAAGAUGGCAGCCGCCGUCGCCGCCGCGAACGAGGUCAUCUCGUUCUACAGCUACACGCCGAUUGCGGACCCGCAAGCGCACGCAGCGUGGCAACGCGAAACUGGAGCGCAGCUCGCGCUGCACGGCCGCGUCAUCGUCGCGACCGAGGGCGUGAGUGGUACGGCGAGCGGUGCUGCUGCCGCGACGCGUGAGUACGUGUCGAAGCUCGAAGCCGCGCUCGGAAUUGCGCUCGAUGUGAAGCGCGCGCCGCUCGACACGAACGCGGCACCGUUCCCCGACUUCUACGUCAAGGUCGCGGCCGAGAUCGUGAGCACGGGCCUGCCGUGUACCGUCGACGGGUCGGCGCGCCAUGCCUCGCCGGCUGCCUUCCGCGACGCGGCGGCGUCCGGCGACGCGCUCAUCCUCGACGUACGAAAUGGGUUUGAGCACGACGUCGGCCACUUUGCGGGCGCGGAACGCGCGCCGAUCCGCACGAUGCAGGAGUGGAAGGCGUACGUGGACGCGUCGGACGUGGUGGGGCGGAGCCGGGGACGGCCCGUACUGAUGUACUGCACGGGCGGCGUGCGCUGCGAGAAAGCGAGCGCCUACCUGCGGUCGCGGGGCGUUGGCGACGUGCAGCAGCUCGACGGUGGGAUUCACCGGUUUCUCGAGGCGUUCCCUGACGGUGUCGACGCGGCGUCCGUCUGACACCAUCCGUUCGUCGUGAGUCCGUCGGACGCCGUCCACGCGUCGUGACGCGUUUCGGUCGCAGGUGGCGGCGUCUGGAGGGGUCGCAAUUUCCUGUUCGAUAACCGCGAAGCCGAGAACUACAAAGACGGGGCGUCGAACGUGGUAGGUAGUUGCGGCGAUUGUGGAAGGCGUUGGGGCGCGCACGACGGCCGCAACGUGUGUUCGGUCUGCGAGACGCUGUGCCUCGUCUGCAGGGACUGCCGCGAGACGCGGCACGAGCACUACUGCCCGGAGCACGAGGACCUGCGCGGCGCCUACUGCUGGUUCCUCGACGCCUGCGAUGCCGCGGCGAUCGACAAGCAGGCCGACGCGCUCCGGGCGGCGCUGGACGCGCCACGCGCUCGAGGGUCCGUGAACCGGCGGCGCUCGCUCCGGAAGCAGCUCGACCGCGUCGCGACGCGGAAAGCGGCGCUCGAGGCGGGCGCUGAUAUCUACGUAGGCCCGCCGCGCUGUCGCUCGUGCGGAUCCGUGGAGUGCGAGGGCCAGUGCUGGGGCUUCUGGAAAAAAGCCUAGGUUGUUGUUG